AUGUCAAUGGUGUCAGCCCUCCACAAGGGGACUUCGCUUUCAAGCCGGUCGAUAGACUCUCUGGCUGUCCACCUAGAGCUUGGCGGUACACCGGUUCGAACCGAAGCGUGUGGGGAGCCUGGUUGUACACCGGUUCAAACCGAAGCGUGUGCAGAAAUUGGCAGUACACCUGUUCAAACCGAAGCGUGUGCAGAAAUUGGUAGUACACCGGUUCAGACCGAAGCGUGUGCAGAGCUUGGCGGUGCUUGUCACGAACCAAGGGGUGCACAGAGUUCGGCAGUUCCUGUACAAACCAAGGACUCACAGAGUUCGACAGUUCCUGUACAAACGAAGACUGCACAGAGUUCGGCGGUUCCUGUACGAACAAAGGAGUGA